AUGACUGUGGAAGAUGUCGAAUGUCGAGUUGGUAUCGAUCUCGGAGCGUGGAUCCAGAUACAGCCCGAGUGGCAAGCUAAGAGCACGAAUCCUAUCCACCCUCUAGCUAUGACUGAGAACAAGCCACAUGAAAACACAAGCACAAAGAACUCCUCCGGAAACAUCAAUGAUCCACUUGUCGGAAUCCAGGAGUUGUAUGCAUGGCUGAAUGAAGUUUUCAACUGGCGACCUAUCUUCGACUGGGAUUGCUUUUUACGAACAGACUCUGACUCUGUCGACGACAAUAACAACAACAAUCCCAUAGCUGAGAUUGCCAAGCAUUUCCAGUACCUACGGGAAGCCAGGAUACCGGUACAUGUUAUCCUAGGUCGCCGUCCUCCUGGUCAAUCUAGCUUGUAUUGGGGCUGGCCGUAUAAUGCGGACGAAUGGGAGACAUCGCUUACAACACCCUUCGAUACUGGCUUGAAGCCUGUUGCGGCAUAUAUCGAUACACUCAGUAUCUUCUAUGAUCUCCGAAACCCACUGGAUCAAAACUGCCUAGAAGUUAUCGAGAUGCGACAGCCGUAUGAGGGCCCUGAUGCAUCAUGUCCUCGACCCGUCUGCCCCUGGGGAGACAACAACGACUGCCCGUUCCAAUUGCAGUGGAAUUCCAGGCCGCCAUGUGCAACAAAACUCAACGCUCAAAACACGGCAAACAAACAGCCGAUUGCGAAGAUGUGUUAUCUUCCACUAGCCAGCAAUCUUCCACCAUAUCCUCCUACAGGCGAGUAUCGCUCGGAUCAUCCAGAGGCCAACUGUGCUGCCUCCGAAACCCUACACCAGCUUUCUAUCCGCGCUGCAAAUGAUCGAGAAGCCUUAGGUUGGCAAAGGUUCUGGGCCGCUUGUGCGCCACGACUGACUAACCUAACUGAACUGAACAAAAAGUAUCUACCAAUCGCGCAGAAGGAAGUGAUAGAAUUGACUAGAGGAGCGUAUGAUGUUGAUGAACCCAACGAGGGUCAAUCUGGAAAAGGCCAGAAAAAAAAUGGAGUGGAUCUUGUGAAUCUUGAGCAAUACCAGACGUCGCUAGCGGACCAAAAUGCUGCUGUGGAAAAGAAGAAAGCCGACGAAGCCAAGAAAACAGCUGAAGCGAAGAAAGCCCAGAUACAAGCUGAUGAGGCAAAGAGAUUGGCUGAGCAGAAGGCCAAACUAGUCAAGAGAGUCGCUGGCCAGAAGGCUGCUAGUGAGAAGGCUGCUAAGGAAAAAAGAGCCGCAGAAAUACAGAAAGCUGUAGAAUCUUUAAAGGCUGCAGAGGAAAGAGAAGCCGCCGCAAGGGAGAAAGCGGAGGAAGAAAAGAAAGCUAUUGAAGCCCAGAGCGCCGAAGCGGAGGAGGCUAAGGCACGAGCUGUUGAAGCAGCUAGGCUUGCUAAAGUGGCUGCAGAUAAGGCUCGCAAAGAGGAGGAGGCUCGCAAAGAAGCUGCCAGGAUCGCUGAAGCUGCUAGAGUUGAAGCUGAAGCUGAAGCUGCCAGACUUGAAGCUAAGCGAAUUAAAGCUGCUCGCAACAACGGGAAGGGUGGCGAGGAUCCCACAAGUACCCCAACUGAUCCCACGUCCGAUAUCAUACCGACAAUUGAGGGACCUCAAGGAUCAACCCCUGAAGGGAGUCCAUCGGGUGCUAAUGGUGGUGAUGAAUCAGACCGUGAAAGCUCAAUUGAAGAAGUGCCUCAGCCACCACCAAAGAAACCCGCAAGAAAACAGCCCGUGCGAACGCCUCAUCCACCUGCACCUGCACCUCCACCUCAGAUUGUAGCUACAACUAGAAGUGGUCGUCAGGUUAUAAGGCCACGCGACCUAACAAGGACGCCUACACCUCUUUAUGGAGGCGGUAGUGAAGACGGCACUAGCGAAGACAGCAGUGGAGAGGAGAGAAAGAAUAAGAAGAAGACAAAGAAAGGGAAGGAGCCUAAUAGCGCAGACUCUUAUAAGCCAUCUAAGAAGAGAAAGGCGGAUGAUAGUGAUGAUGAUGACUGUAAGAAGAAGGCGAAGAGGAAGCCUACAAAGAAGCCUGUAAAGAAGAAGGUGAAAAAGGUGGGCAAAGGCCGUUGA